AUGUCUAAGGUUCUACAAGCUGGGUUUUGGUGGCCAACAAUGUUCAAGGAUGCUAAUGAGUUUGUCUCCAGAUGUGAUGCUUGUCAGCGGAAAGGUCAGAUUAGUAAGAGGCAUGAGAUGCCACAAAACUUUAUCCUUGAGGUUGAAGUUUUUGAUUGCUGGGGCAUUGACUUUAUGGGACCAUUCCCUUCCUCUUACAAGAAUGAAUACAUCUUAGUGGCUGUUGACUAUGUCUCCAAGUGGGUUGAAGCAAUUGCAAGUCCAACCAAUGAUUCUGCUGUGGUUCUUAAGCUGUUUAAGACCAUUAUCUUUCCGCGGUUUGGAGUUCCUAGAAUUGUCAUCAGUGAUGGAGGUAAGCACUUUAUCAAUAAAGUGUUUGAGAAGCUGCUGAAAAAGUAUGGUGUUCAACAUAGAGUGGCUAGUCCAUAUCAUCCUCAGACCAGUGGAAAAGUUGAAGUUUCCAACAGGCAGAUUAAGGAGAUCCUAGAGAAAACAGUGGGUGUUACAAGGAAAUAUUGGGCUAUGAAGCUUGAUGAUGCACUUUGGGCAUAUAGAACUGCUUAUAAAACACCACUUGGCACUACACCUUUUCAUCUGCUUUAUGGGAAAGCAUGUCAUCUAUCAGUGGAGUUAGAGCACAAAGCAGCAUGGGCAGUUAAGUUGAUGAAUUUUGAUGCCAAGACAGCUUCAGGGAGAAGGUUAGUACAGUUGAAUGAGUUGGAUGAGCUGAGGUUUCAUGCAUUUGAGAAUUCCAAGCUGUACAAGGAGAAGACCAAGGCUUAUCAUGAUAAGAAGAUCAUCUCCAGACAAUUUGAGCCAAAUGACCAGGUUCUCUUUUACAAUUCCCGCUUGAAGCUGUUUCCUGGAAAGCUGCGUUCCCACUGGUCUGGUCCUUUUACUGUUCAAGAAGUCAGACCAUAUGGAGCUAUUGUGCUGUUGAACUCCAAAGGAGAAAAAUUCACUGUUAAUGGCCAAAGGGUGAAACACUAUUGGGCAAAAGCUGAGAUACCAGACGGACACAUUGUGCGUUUGGAUGAUGCACACUCUGCCUAA